UUUGAGAUCACUCUGUUGUUGAAGUUGUACACAAAAAGGCGUUUUCCUGUUAAUUCACUCAAUUUUAUUGAACUGCACUUAAAAUACAGUUUGUAUAAGGGAUUUCAGUAUUACAAAGUGCAGAACAAUGUCGCAGGCAAACAUCGACAAUCUUCAACUCGACCUGGAGGAGCUCCGGAAUCUGGCCGCACAGGCCAAACGGUCCAAGGUCCAACAGCUGCUGUCGAUCGAUAUUCGUAAGCUGGAAACGGACCUGCUGGCGUGCAAACAAAAACAGGAAGCAUCCGCCACCGCUACCACCACAAAACCCCCGGCACCGGUGGCCGGCGAUUGCAAGCGGUACCGCGUGGAGUUGAAGGAAUACGCCUGGGAUCAGAGUGACAAGUUUAUCAAGAUCUUCGUCACAGUUAAGGAUGUCCAGCACGUGCCGGAGGAGAGCGUGAACGCGGAAUUUACGGCCAGCUCGUUCAACCUGCUGAUCAACAACCUGAACAACAAGGACUUUACGUUUGUGGUGAAUCACCUGCUGUUCCCGAUCGACCCGGAGAAGAGCUACCGCAAGCUCAAGUCGGACAUGGUGGCGAUUUAUCUGGCCAAGGCUAAGCAGGGUCAAAAGUGGGCCCACUUGACGGUCACGGCCAAGCGGCUGCAGGAGAUUAAGGACGAACGGAUUGCGCUGAAGGAUGACUCGGCGGAUCCGCAGGCCGGCCUGAUGAAGGUGAUGCAGCAGCUGUACGACUCCGGAGACUCGGAGACCAAACGGAUGAUCAACAAGGCCUGGCAUCAGUCGCAGAACAAGACGAACUUGCUCGAUGGUGGAGCCAUGUCGGAAUGAGACUGGCCGGAGUUUGGGGAGAUGAGCAUUUAAAUAUUCAACAUAAUCGCAACAAACUUAAUUCCCAGCGUUGUAAUUUACUGUACUGAUUAAAAAUAUAACACUUUGUAAGCUGAA